AGUCAGUGCAGUGUCAAAUAUCAAACUAUUCAAACCAAAUAAUCAACUAUUAAAUUUUUUAAAAACUCAAUCAACAUGAAAUUCGUUAUUGUAUUCUCAGUUCUCCUCGUCUCAGCCUUAGCUCGUCCAGCUGAUGAUUCAAAGGAUGCAACAAUUCUUAAAUACGAAAAUGACAACAUCGGAUUAGACAGCUACAACUUUGGAUUCGAAACAAGUGACGGAAUCAAGCGUGAUGAAUCAGCAGUAGUCAACAACUUUGGAUCCGAAACAGAAGAAUUAGUUGUUAGAGGCUCAGUCUCAUGGAUCACACCUGAAGGAGAGACCAUCACACUCAACUAUGUUGCUGAUAAGGACGGUUACAGACCAGAAGGAGCACAUAUACCAUCAAAGUAAACGUUGAAUAUUAAUUGUUAAGUUUUAAAUCAAAGAAAAAUU